AUGAAGCUUUCAACCUUCAAUUAUGUUUCUCCUCUUCUAGUUUUGUUGUAUUUAUUAUUUGUUGUGACAGUAGCCAAAUCGUCACAACAACCUACAUAUAUGAACUAUUCAUUUCCCGCUGUUAUAGCUUUUGGUGAUUCAAUCUUGGAUACUGGCAACAACAAUUAUAUUCUAACAGCUUUGAGGUCCAAUUUUAAACCUUACGGCAGAGAUUUCUUUGGAGAAGAAUCCACCGGAAGGUUUUGCAAUGGCAGAAUUCCUUCAGAUUUUUAUGUUGAAAUACUUGGAAUUAAGGAUUCCUUGCCACCUUAUCUUGAUCCAGAUUUGGAGAUUGAAGAUCUCGUAAGUGGGGUGAGCUUUGCCUCUGCUGGUUCAGGAUAUGAUCCUCUCACAGUUGAACUAGCUUCAGUGUUGUCAACAGAGGAUCAAUUAGAGAUGUUCAAAGAAUACAUUGGAAAACUUAAGGGUGCUGUGGGAGAAGAAAGAACAGCUUACAUUCUUGAAAAGAGCAUAGUUCUCAUCAGCAUGGGAAGCAAUGAUAUUGCAGGAACAUAUUUUCUCACACCAUAUAGGAAAGUCCAUUACAAUGUCAAACAAUAUACAAGAAGGCUUAUCAGAUUAACAACAAGAUUUAUAUUGGAACUAUAUCGAUUGGGAGCAAGAAGGAUUGGAACAGUGAGCUUAUCAGCAUUAGGAUGCAUCCCAAUGCAAAGGACAGUGAGAGGAGGCAUAAAAAGGAAUUGUGUGGAACCAGUAACAAAGGCUGCACAAGUCUACAAUACCAUGCUCAAUCAAUCACUUAUGGCUCUCAAGAAGACCCUCUCUGGUUCCAGAAUUGUAUACCUUGAUGUCCAUAACUCACUCAAUAUGCUCAUUCAACACCCCAAUCAAUUUGGGUUUGAGAGCGUGGAUAGAGCAUGCUGUGGCAUUGCAAGUAUGGAACUUGGCCCAUUUUGUAGCACUUUCUCAUUGAAAAUAUGCAAAGAUGCAUCCAAAUAUGUGUUCUGGGAUAGUUAUCACCCUACUGAGAGAACUUACGGCAUUCUUACCUCAGAUUUGAUAAAAAAGACCAUUGAUCAAUUUGUCUAA